UUCCUUCAACUUUCAGGUCAUGGCUGCUAUUCCAAAGGGUGUUUGAGGCUUUGCUUUCGUAGAUCAUUCCAAGAUUUAUUUCCUAUAGUACAUUCAAUUUCCCAGAAUAGGUAGUCAAUCAGAUUUUCUUGGUAUGAUUCACUGCUUCCACAGUGUGUAUCUCUCUGAUCAGUGUGGAUGGCCAUCCUUAUGCCUUAGUUUUUGAAUGCUCAUCUACAUCAGCCGUUUUCAAUGUUAUUUAGUGCUAAAAAAUGAACGACUACAGUACAUUGGAGCUCACUCUCAGGGAUAUUCUUCGUGUGAUCAGUCCCUUAGAAGAAGACUGGGCAAAACGAUUUCAAUUUAUUAAUGAGCUUCGAGCUGUUGUUGAAUCUGUGGAAAGUCUUAGAGGAGCAACUGUGGAGCCAUAUGGAUCAUUUGUCUCUAAUCUCUUUACACGGUGGGGAGAUCUUGAUCUAUCAAUAGAGUUACCCAAUGGUUCAUUUAUUUCAUCUGCCGGAAAGAAACUCAAGCAGACUUUACUAGGAGAUUUACAAAAAGCUUUAAGGAGGAGAGGUGGAUGGUAUAAAUUGCAGUUUAUCGCCAAUGCAAGAGUUCCCAUUCUAAAGUUCGAGAGCAACUACCUGAACAUCUCCUGUGAUGUCUCAAUCAAUAGUCUGAAUGGUCAAAUGAAGUCCAAAUUAUUGUUUUGGAUCAAUGAGAUUGAUGGGCGUUUCCGUAAUAUGGUUUUAUUGGUCAAGGAAUGGGCCAAAACACAUGGUAUCAAUGAUUCAAAGUCAGGAACUUUAAAUUCAUACUGUCUCAGCAUGCUUAUUAUUUUCCAUUUUCAGACAUGUGUACCUCCACUUUUACCUCCUCUUAAAGAAAUCUACCCAGGAAAUAUAGUUGAUGACCUGAUAGGUGUGAGGGCUGUUGCAGAGAGACAUAUUGAAGAAAUAUGUGCUGAGAAUAUAAACAAGUUUAGAUCGGAUAAGUCCAGAAAAAUAAAUAGAAGUUCUUUAUCUGAGCUUUUCAUUUCAUUCCUCAAAAAAUUUGCUGACAUUAGUUCGAGGGCCUCAGAAAAAGGAAUCUGCCCAUAUACUGGACAAUGGGAACAAAUUGAUGCCAAUAUGAGAUGGCUGCCCAAAACUUAUGCACUAUUUGUUGAGGACCCUUUUGAGCAACCAGUUAACACGGCUAGGACUGUUAGCAUUAGACAUCUAACGAGGAUAUCAGAAGCAUUUCAGGGAACCCACUAUGCACUUACCUCGCGCAAUCAGAGUCACAGUUCUCUCAUUCCGACACUAGUCAGACCACACGUAUCACAAUCUAUUUGGAGAACACCUAAUAACGCUAGUGGCUACAACGCUAGCUACAGUAGGCCGCGUCCUCAGAUGCACAGGGCAGUUCACUCACCCUCACAAGUGCUCCAUCAGUUUCAGAACAUGAGGAUUGAUAGGCGUCCCAGUAAUGUGACCACGCAAAGAAUGGUUAGUAAUGCGUCAAACAGCCAAGGCCAGCGAGCCUGGAGACCAAGAUCUGAUUGGUAAACAGUGUCUAAUGAGCUUUUUGGCUUGCUAUGAUAGAAAAAAACUUACGUUUUUCACAGUUGCUGUUAUUUUGAUUUUGGGAUACUAGUGUGCUGAGCUUCUAUAACAUUUCAUGAUAUAUAAUUGAAUCUUGAUGUCUUGUGAGGUUUGUAAGCCGUGACUGUCAAGAGGUCAAAGCUGCAUCCUGAAAAAUAGAAAUACAUGAACGUGUACAAACACACAACUUGAUAUUUUUAUGUACAUGUUCAAGCAAAUAUUGAAGUUGUAUAAUUCAACAAGUCUUUGAUCCAAUGACUUGUACGUACCUCUUGUUGGUUUUAUUGAAAGUGAUGUUCUUUGUUGAAAA